ACACAUAAUAUUUAUAAGUUCUGAUAAGUUCCAUGUUUCUAUUCUUUCAAAUUCUUUGUGUUGUGACUUUUUUAAAUUAGAACUUAAUUCAAAUGGAGAUUAUUACAUGUUUAAAAAAUAGAUAGGUGUAUGUUAUAAACAGAUUUCAAUGGAAGAUAUUAUUAAACAAUAUGCAUAAUGGUUGUCAUAACAUGGAAUUUUCGUUAUAGAGUUUUUUUUCGAAAACUACGAGACCACAUACAAUGGCAGUUUUCACAAACAUUGUUGACACUCCGCUCUUUAACCUACAACGAACACAUGAGUCAAAACUAUGCCAUUGAUAUCUUACUGGAACCAAUAUUUUGGAUUGUUGACAACUUUGCUAAGUACCUAGGAAAGGUGUUUGUCUUCUGUGUUAGUAUUCUAACAACAGCUGUAGUGAUAAUAGCAUAUUGGGUCGGCUUGCCAUACUGGUGGGAGCGGAGUCCAAAAACUACAAUAUUCUUAAUUAUAUUCGGAAACUGGCUUCUCCUGAACAUAAUUUUUCACUACUACAUGGGUAUAGUAACAUCUCCUGGGAACCCACCUCAUGGUGCAAUGAUAACAGAAGCUGCAAGUAUUUGCAAGAAGUGUAUAUCGCCAAAACCUCCUAGGACACACCAUUGUUCAGUCUGUGAUAAAUGUAUACUUAAUAUGGACCACCACUGUCCAUGGCUAAACAAUUGUGUAGGAUACUACAACGCUCGGUACUUCUACCUAUACAUGGUUUACAUGGUUGCUGGAGUUACAUUUGUAAUAGUUGCUGGUAUUGACCUUGGCUAUCAAGUUCUUUGGGUAAAUGAUACAGGAGGAAUCAUUCCAAACAAUGAUCCAGAUCUCAUCGGCCAUCCAUUACGGAUGAACCAAUCGGGAAUAUUAGUACCAGUGAAGGUUAUAGAUGAGUAUGACUCAGAACAUUUUCCUCGUGAACAUGAUUUGACUGUUCCUCCAUUCACUGAGGCCCAGCGUAUUACAGCACAUCCAUGGAAACGAAAAGCUGUUUUGUUCAUGGCUAUUAUAUGCGUUUCUGUAUUGUUUGCUCUGGGAACACUGACUGUUUCCCAUGGAAGGAAUAUAUCGCGCGGGGAAACAAGCAUUGAAUCACAUAUUAACAUGCGAAUAAGGAAAAGUCAGCCUAAUUUCAAGAAUCCAUAUGAUUUUGGCAAGAAAAAGAACUGGCGGUUGUUUCUUGGACUGAUACAAGGACGAACGUUUUUGAGGCACGUGCUAUUACCAUCUAGCCAUAAACCAGCUGGAACUGGUCUCUCAUGGCAUACUGUACAUAACACUAUUGAAGAUUGGCCUUGAAAUAGUUUAUGAAAAUUUCUUAACACACAUAGACACCUAAGUGGAAACAAUUGAAAGCCAAUAACAGGCACUGAUUUAUUUUAAUAUUACAUAAUUUAUAUUAAGUUAAUAUAUUGAAUAAUUAAUACAUUGUGUAAUACAAAAUGUUAAUUUGAUAAUCACUCACCUCAAGAUUAAGAUGUACUAUAAUAUUAUGAUAGUUCUAACGUAGUGUUGUGACAUUAAAUAGAAUAAUUAUUUAGAGUUAGAUUAGGAAUAAACUUAGUUAUAGAUUAAGAGAAGAAGCUAGUCCAAUUUUUUUAAAAAUGUCUGUACUUAGUUUUGGUUAAAAUAUGAUAUAUUGUUGAAUUUGUUAGUGAGAUGUACUUGUAUUAUACUCAUAUACUUAAAAUUAUAUUUUACCGUUUAUUUAACAUAUUACGUAUUUGUUAUGCCACGAUUUAUGCUAUUGACAGAUUUAAAUAGUUUCCAUACAUUUCCUUGUUUAACUUUGAGCUAGACAAACUACAAACAGAUCCUUUUACACUUGGCCGAAGUUGUAAACAUUUACUUCUAAUGCAGACUUUCUGUACAUAAAAUUUGCAAAUAGAAAUCAAAUAGCAGUAAAAGUAUUUAUAUAAGGCAUAGUAAAUGCUAUAGAAGCUCACUACAAAUCAGAUGAGUUACAUUCCAAUGAAAGACAUUUAUAUUCAAUGAGAUGAAAAUUAUGGAUCCACCCUGUAGUCAAAGGCAGACGAUAUCUCAAUAUUGGUUUUAUUUUAAAAAUACAUUGGCAGUAAGAAAAAGAAAUAAUGCAUUAAAAAAAAUCAAAAGAAAGGGGAUGGCCCAUUUUAGGCCCAAAGCAGACAAUAGAUUAUAGAAAAAAUACUUAGUGCAUUAAUUUUGUCAUAAAUAAAUAUGCAUUUACUUUCUUGCAAAUAAGCGCCACUAUAGUUUACAAUAAGUAGUUUAAAAAAAGUAACUCUAUUGAAAAAACAAGGAUUUUUAUUUUUGCGGGAAAAAUAUUGCCAGCUUCAAAUCCUUUUACGUAUGAAGUAAAUAUUUUGAGUAUAUAAAUAAAACAUAUAAAUAAAUCAUUUUAAGUAUUAUCAUUAAUCAAACGAUUUUAAUGGAUUUUAUGCACAUAAAAUAACAUCGAAGACAUACCCAUUGGACUUUAACUUGUAACUAUACUUGAGACCUUAGAACUUAUAUCUCAAGGUGGGUGGCGCAUUUACGUUGUAGAUGUAUGUGGGCUCGAGUAACCACUUAGCAACACCAGGGUGGCUGUGAGCUCGCCCACCCAUCUAAGCAAUAAAAAAAACUUUACUAGUAUUGUUAUUUAAAUAUGUACAACUAAAACAAAAACAUACAAAAUAAUGUGUACUCGUAAAAAAAAGAUUAAGAUAUAAAUCAAUUAUCGGUUAUUUAAAAAAAUAAUCGAUAUAUGAAUUUCAUGUAAUUAUUUUUCUUUAUACUGACAACACUGAAUUUAAUCUGACUGACUGAUACUUCGCUUGCUGCUUGUGGUGUUGUGCUUGCGUACAAAAUGGAUGUGUUUUGAUUUUUCUUCGAUUUAUUUUACUUUUAUCAAUAACGUUUCAUACUACGACUAAAAAACAUUGUGUGAAUUGUGGUUUUACCCUGACCGAGAUUUAAAACCGUGUAUAUGCUCUCCUUUGCUAUUUUUAGAUGAUACUAAUUGUGUAUGAAUAUGAAGAAAAUAUAGAUAUUUAAAGAAUUAAGUGUGUUUUUAUACCCUAUUGGAUAAAAAUACAUUAGGAACAUCUUAAACAUUAAGAAAAGACAAGUUCUUGAAGUAUCUCACAAUCCGACACUUAUUUAUAUAUAAAAUUAACCUCAAAACGAGUUUUUAUUUUUAUUAUAUUUUUUAUAAUAGUGGCGUCAAUUUCAAUAUAUUUUUUAGAUAUCCAAUACAUUUAAGAAUUUGAAUCAGUACAUUUUUACAGUAAUAUUUGAUGUCCAUCUUGGGCCUAGCACACUAUGGAGAGUGGGCAAUCCCCUUUUCGGUGUCGAUUUAAAUAUAUUGCGUGUUGAUGCUAUUAUUUCAAAGGAAAGUUUCCUACAAUUCCUUAAACUAUAUGAUUUGUUUUAUUUACUUGUCCCAUGAGUAUCUUGCAAAUUAUACAGUGCUGUUAUAACACUCAAUAGUACAAGAAAAAAAUAAACAAUACCUACAGUUUAAAAA